CUGCAGCCUUCAAACCUGCACUCAUGCUUCACGCAGCGUGACCCGGAGCCAACGACGCCUCCGUGGAAGGAUUUAAUGUCUUUACCGCCGUGGAAUAACUUCCCUGCUUCCCUGUUUUGGCGCAUUUUUUCUUCGCUUGUAGUUUUAGGGAGGAACGAAAAUCUCCGAAGCUUCAUAACCAGGAGAGGACCCCUGCAGACAUCAUGCCGCUGAAUUCAGGUUUGGCGAGUAAGAACUAUGACUACGACUACGACUCCCUGCAGCCGUAUUUCUACUACGACACGGAGGAGGAUGACUUCUACCCGCAGCAGCUGCAGCCUCCGGCUCCGAGUGAGGACAUCUGGAAGAAAUUCGAGCUGCUGCCGACCCCUCCCCUGUCCCCGAGCCGCCGGCCGUCCCUGUCCAGCCUCUUCCCCUCCACGGCCGACCAGCUGGAGAUGGUCACAGAGUUCCUGGGCGACGACGUGAUCAGCCAGAGCAUCGUGUGCGACGCGGACCGCUCCGUCAGGUCCAUCGUCCUCCAGGACUGCAUGUGGAGCGGCUUCUCCGCCGCGGCCAAGCUCAAGAAGGUGGUGUCCGAGCGGCUGGCCUCCCUGCACGCCGCGCGCAAGGAAAGCGCGGCGGCCGGGGAGGGCGCCCUGGUGGACCCCGCGGGGAGGCUCAACAGCAGCUACCUGCAGGACCUGAACACGUCCGCGUCGGAGUGCAUCGACCCGUCCGUGGUGUUCCCGUACCCGGUGGCGGAGACGCCCAAGCAGAGCGCGGGGAUGCUGCAGAGGCAGGACGCAGAGCAGGACACGCCGCCCAACAGCGGCAGCAGCAGCAGCAGCAGUUGUAGUGACUCAGAGGAGGAUGAAGAUGAAGAGGACCAGGAGGAGGAGGAGGAAGAAGAUGAUGAUGAUGAAGAGGAGGAGGAGGAGGAGAUUGAUGUAGUCACGGUGGAGAAAAGGCAGGCAGUGAAACGCCAUGACCCCCCGCUGGAGACCAGGCACCCCAGUCCUCUGGUCCUGAAGAGGUGCCACGUCUCCACCCACCAACACAAUUACGCAGCCCAUCCAUCCAUGAGGCACGAGCAGCCGGCUGUCAAGAGGCUGAAACUGGAGAGCAGCAGUGGAGGAGGAGGAGGCAGCAACGCAAGCAGGGUCCUCAAACAGAUCAGCAGCAACCGCAAAUGUUUGAGCCCCCGGACGUCAGACACAGAGGAUUACGACAAGAGAAGGACUCACAACGUGCUGGAGCGGCAGAGGAGGAACGAGCUGAAGCUGAGCUUCUUCGCCCUGCGGGACGAGAUCCCCGAGGUGGCCAACAACGAGAAGGCGGCCAAAGUGGUGAUCCUGAAGAAGGCGGCCGAGUGCAUUUCCAGCAUGCAGUGUGACGAGCAGAGACUUGUGUCGCUCAAGGAGCAGCUGAGGAGGAGAAGUGAACUGUUGAAGCAGAGACUGGCACAGCUGCAGAGCUGUCGUGCUUAAAGGAUUUAAAUUUUUUUUUUUUUUAAUGCAAGUUCCAGAUGUACAGUUGUUGCAUGCAAAAUGUUAAAAUGUUUGGAAUCUUUGAUUUCCACGUGGAAACUGCCUCAGAUGAUGUUAUGGGGGGAUUAAAAUAUUUAAAAGUUUAUUUUUAUUAAUAAAAUGUUGGAAAUGGGGCUGUCCUGUUGGGGGUGGCUCCAACUAUAAAUAUACAUUUUUAUGUUUUGUAUAUAGUUAAUAUUUCCUAAGAAAAUGUAUUUUUUGAUCUCAAUUGUCUGGAUUUUCAGACCCACUGUUUGUUUUA